AUGUUCUGCUUUCAGGAUGUGAUCUGUGGCGUCCUGAUCUCUGGCGUCAUCUUGUUCCUCACCUACCCGUACUGGGAAACCUUCGACCACUUCCAGCUCAACAGCAGCUUGUCCCCCGUGGUGGCGCUGGGACUCCUCCUCUUCCUCAGCUACACUUACCCAGACCUGGACCACUACAGCACCACGCGGGGGGACACCACCACCAUUCUGGGAUCGUGUGCCGGGUACUCGGUGGGAUACUGGGUCAACAACCAGCUGGGGCAGACUUUUGAGCCCCAGGGGACGCUACCUGUACCCCUACCCACCCUGACCGCUAACGCCCUGGCGCUAGGCACCGGCCGCUUCCUGGUGGGGGUCGUAGCUUUGGUGGGAACUCGACAGGUAGUCAAAGCAGCGAGUCUGCACGUGUUGUAUUCAUGGUACGGAGUGCCGAAAAGCGACCAGAGCGCCAGGAGAAGGAAAGAGAUCGAAGUGCCGUAUAAGUUUACCACAUACACAGCUGUUGGACUUGUUCACUCGAUACUGGCCAACAGAAUCUUCGUUCUACUGGGGCUGCUAUGACCUGGUGAUGAUGACCGAAAAUGAACCUCAUAUUUAUUUCAAUGUGCAUCAAAUGAUCUGUUUUUUUUACAUCCAUGUUCAAUUUCAUGUACGACUUCUCACCGGGAAUGAUUCACAGCAGUGUGCUUGUGGCUGACCUGUGACUGAGCUGAAAUGUUCUGCUCACAUACCAAUAAAGUUUCAAUGACUCAA